GCCCGGAGCUCAGACAACAGCACUUGCGGACCAGCAUCCCAGUUGAUAGCAUCAUCGCACUCCUCACACCGAGUUUUAAACAGAUCACCACAACCAAAAGCCACCAACUAAACAGAAUGUCUCGCUUCACCAUCGUCACCGUCCUGUUCGUCAGUCUGGCCGUUAUCCUGGCGGGCCAAGGUGCUCAGGCUGCCGUUGCCAAGGUUCAGCUGACCAAUCCUGACCAUCCCGGCAAGUGUGUGUUGGACUCGAACACGAUCAUGUCGCCCGGUCAGGUCGGCAAGCAGCCCAAUCAUCCGUGUGCCAGUGCCGAGUGCCAUGCUGGCGGUUUGGUGACCAUCAGGACUUGUCCGGCUGUGGCUCCGCCAAAGGGAUGCAAGCAGCGCGACUUCGUCAACACCAAUCGCAGUUUUCCCGAGUGCUGCGAGCGGGCCUACGAUUGCUCCAAGCACAUUUAAGCCUAUCGAAACUCGAGUGUUUAUGGCUAAAUGCUAACCUUUCGAUUGUUUUUUUUUUUUGUUUGUUUUUGUUUUAUUUAUUGUGUAUACUACAACAUAACAAUUAAAAUGUAAACGCUUAGCAAUACAAUUAAAUAAUUUAAUAGAAUCAUUAACAGAAAAUACA